AUGUAUUUUUUAGUAAAGUUAUUGGCACAGAUUAUUACAAGAACAUUUUUUAAAAAUGUUACUGUUUUGGGUAAAGAGAGAAUACCUCUAUAUGGGCCAGUUUUAUUUGUUGGGAAUCAUAUGAACCAAUUCGUGGAUGCAGCAAUGCUGAUCGCAAUUUUUCCACGUCAAAUACGAUUCUUAAUGGCAGAGACAUCCUUUAAAAGACCAAUAAUUGGAAGGUUAGCUCAAUCUGCAGGUUGCAUUCCUGUUCAAAGGCCCCAGGAUUUAAGAUAUAGAGGGAUAGGUGGUUUGGCUUGGAAUAGUUCAAGUGAUGUGAGAAUUAGAGGCAUUAAAACAAGAUUCAAAAUAGAUGCAAAAUUCCAAGAUACAUUAAUAAUAGAAGAUUUGGGAAUAACAAGAAAAGUAUUAGAAGUUGUUUCAGACGAUGAGAUUAUCAUCGAUAAGGAAAUAGGUGUGGAAUACUCGGCCACUUAUACAGAUGGCUUUCCUUUUUUCAUAAUGCCAAAAAUUGAUCAAAGCACAGUCUAUGAAGAAGUUAGUGAUGCAAUGAGAAAUGGCCAUUCAAUAGGUAUUUUCCCAGAAGGAGGGUCUCAUGAUAGGACAACCCUUCUUCCACUUAAGCCAGGUGUUGCAGUUAUGGCUCUUUCCUCUGUGUUAGAGGGAGCUGAGGAUCUACUAAUAGUUCCUGUGGGAUUGAAUUAUUACGAGCCACACAAAACACUCUCAAGUGCUGUUGUAGAAAUUGGUCAACCAAUCCCAGUUACGCUGGAACUAGCUAAAAAAUAUGAGGAUUCUCCAUCAGAUGCGGUUAAGGAGCUUUUGUCUAUGGUUGAAAAAGGAAUGAACUCUGUAUUACUUUCUGCAAGAGACUAUACAACUUUAACUUGUAUCCGUCUUUGUGUCCAGUUAUAUCCUCCAGAUAGAACUGCUCUUUCUCAAGAUAAUUAUUAUUUACUUCAUCAAUUAUUUUCACAGUUUUUUUGGGCAUUGCAUGAUGAUCCAGAGCUUGAGCAUUUGAGAAAAGAUUUAUGCGAAUAUGAGGAUACUAUUAAUCACUACGGAGUCCCCGAUAGAGAGGUUUGGCAGCUUAAACAACCAGUUUAUGAAUGUAUUAAACUAAUGAUCACUAAGUUCCUUCUUUUAAUUCUUGUUAGCAUAGUUGGUGGUUCUUUCUUCCCUUUAUGGGCACCAAUAAGAUAUAUUCCUGCAUUCAUGGCAGAGAGACACAGAAAGAAAGCAUUAGCUAAUUCAAAGGUGAAAAUCAGGGGGACGGAUGUAUUGGCGUCAUAUAGAAUUCUUGUAAUUAUUGCAUUACUACCAUUGCUCACAGUUUUUUAUGGCCUAUUCUUCUCAUUAACGUUUAUGAAUGGCCAGAACUUAAAUACUAAAAUUGCGACAGUUAUAGGUGCCUUUAUUGCAUUACCUCCAUUAUUCUACAUUUCAAGAGUUUCUUUUGAAAUGAUAAUGCCAUUAACAAAAAAUAUCCGUACUUUAUUCUAUGUUGUUGUUUCAAAUGUCAAUUAUCUUAGAGGUAAUGAAAGAACAUUAUUACACAUGAGAAUUAAAUUGCAACAAAAAAUCAGAGAUUUAGUAUACACAAAAGGUCCACAAGUUUCUUCAAGUUUUAUUCAUAGUUUUACUACAGUUGUCCCAGAUGCUGUUAUUCAGGCUGACAAUAAGAGAAUAAAUUAUUCUCUUGGGGAGUAUGUUCCUGUGUUAACACGUGCCAAGUACGAUGCAAGAGAAGAGAUACUAUGA